UUUCUGUCGGUCGGAUUCUGAAGUUUAUCGUCGUAGCGACGAAAGUAUACAGCUUGUUUCUCGUUUGAAGCAUUUUUGCGUCUCUUCCUAGAUCCCUCUAGAACACUGAAAUGUACUGAGAUACGUGGCCUACCGAAUCGACUACAAUCGUUGUCUUGGGCCUUGUUUUCUUUCCGUUUUGUGUACACCCACGUUUUUAGGGGAAACAUGGCGGACAGUGCCAGUGAGAGUGAUUCCAGCUCGAUAGACGGCGGUCCUAUAAUGAUGCCUCCCUGUCCUGUGACUCGGGAGCAGCUUCAAAAGAGAAUUGACUCCCUGUCUCAACAAAAUCGUGUUCUUAAAGUGGAGUUGGAAACAUACAAGCUAAGGGUCAAGGCACUUCAGGAGGAGAACAAGGGUCUUCGUCAAGCAUCAGUCAUUAUUCAAGCCAAGGCUGAGCAGGAGGAAGAAUUCAUCAGUAAUACGCUCAUGAAGAAGAUCCAAGCUUUGAAGAAGGAGAAAGAAACUUUGGCUCUGAACUACGAACAAGAGGAAGAAUGUUUGACUAAUGACCUCUCCAGGAAAUUAAAUCAAUUGCGCCAAGAGAAAUGCAAGCUGGAACAGACCCUGGAGCAAGAACAGGAGUGUCUUGUCAACAAACUGAUGCGUAAAAUUGAAAAACUUGAAGCAGAAACUUUAGCUAAGCAAAGUAAUCUUGAGCAGCUACGCCGGGAGAAAGUUGAACUUGAAAAUACUCUUGAGCAAGAGCAGGAACUCCUUGUCAACAGGCUCUGGAAACGCAUGGAUAAGCUUGAAGCUGAAAAACGCUCUUUGCAAAUUAAGCUUGAUCAGCCUGUGUCAGAUCCUACAUCUCCUCGAGAAAUAAGCAAUGGUGAUACUGCUGCUAACUUAAGUAUACACAUUCAAACUCUUCGCAGUGAAGUAGACAAACUUCGGCAUCAGUUGUCAUUUGCAGAGAAAGAACACACAGAAAAAAUGCAACAUUACGUGAAUGAAGAACGUCACAUCCGUGAAGAGAAUUUAAGGUUGCAACGGAAGCUUCAGCUUGAAGUGGAGAGACGGGAAGCUCUAUGUCGUCAUUUGUCAGAGUCUGAGAGCAGUUUGGAAAUGGAAGAAGAGCGUUAUUACAAUGAAAUGGCUGUUUCUGGCGGAAAUAUCCGAUCUCGCACAUUGUCCAGCCCCAUUCCUUACAACCCAUCUCCAAGUUCAUCACGUCCCCUCAGUCCUGGGAUGACCUUGGUUGGCUCAAACUCGCGGGAUAGUUUCUCUGGUCCCAUAGGGCCGGCCUGUGGAACAGGCCUAGGCCGUUGCUAUGCAUGCGGACAGCCGGCUUAUCCUCACGUUGGGGGCAUCGCUCCGGUCACUCCCAUCCCCAUGCCUCCGUGCAGGGACAGGGACAGUGUGGUGGGGGGCUUCCUCCCGCGUUCCUCGUCCCCACCGGCCCCUCCUCUCGCCGUCAGUCCUGGUAUGAUUGGAAGGGUGUGUCAACGAACAUCAGAAAGGUUCAUCAAGCCGGCCAUCCCCUCAAAUGCUGGAUCUUUGCUGAGUGUAGUUGGAGGGGCUUCUCCGAUGGCUAGUCACAACUCAUAUGUUCCUGCAGCUUUUGCUCCAGCAACUUCCCCAGGCCCUGCUGGGUCUCCAGCUUCAGCAAUGUCUCCAGCAUAUGCCAUGUCACCAGCACCUGCCAUGUCUCCGUCCUCUAUGUCCAUGUCCCCAGCGCCACCCAUGUCACCAGCAUCGGGUGCAAAUGCUUCUCUUUCGCCCUCUCCCAUGGAUGUUGGGAAAGGUUAAAGGAGUUAGUUGAGCUUCUAAUCCAUGUGGAUUGCACUUAUUCUGUGAUGUAAUAAUCAGUUUGGCUAACUGUUCCAUUUAGUAUUUGAUUCAAAUUUUGUUAUUUACAAUUUUUAAAUUGUGUUAAAUUUGCAAGUCAACAUGUGUGCUUUGCACCAAUACUUUAUUUUGAUGUUUAAAACUCAGUUCUAACAGGGUUAUCAUGUUAUUCACUAAAAGAAAAACAAAGAUAGUUGCCCUUUUAAGGCCACUUGUACAUUUUUUAUUCUCUGGAAUUAGAGAAACUUGUUUUGUCUCUUCUUCUGAAGUAUUCUUGUUAAUACCAUGGCCAAGCCAAAGUAGUUGUUGUUACAAGUCUAGCUUGUCUUAUUUGACACUUAUUCUUUCUAAUUAGUGUGAUAAAACACACUGCAGGUUUUUGUAUGGUUUGUACAAUGUGUUAUUAUUAGACUGAACUGAUUUUCUUUUUUAGGACAAGGAUUUAUUGUCCUGCUUGAAGAACAUAGUCUUUACUUAGUAGGAAAACAAACACUUACUGUAUUUACUUGUGUGUAACCUGCAUGUUCAGUUUCAAAAAUUUACUUUUGUCCAACCCUAUGAAAGCAGCUCGCAGAUUAAAUGCAAGUAAAUGCAGCUAUUGUUUCCUUGUUGCACAUUGACUGUAGAAGAGAGGAGAUUUGUUUGAAAAUUUUGUUGUGAUUUGCCAUGAGUGUGUCUUUUGUAAGUCUAGUUUUUAUUCAUCAUUGGCUCAGACACUUGUUCACAACAUUCUGUUUAUUUUGCAACAUGUCUUUCGGGGCUUUUUUUCUUUAUGAAAGAAAAGAAAGAAUUUCUAAAUCUGAAGUUAUCCUGAAUGCAUGUAAUGAAUGUGCCACUUUUUUUGUCUAAAUGCCUCAAAUCAUGUGUGUACUCAUAAUCAUGCUUCCUUAAUGUGAGGAGUGCCAAAUUUAAUAUUUUUUAUCUUUAAUUUAUGUUGAUGUUAGCAUUAACAUUUUCAACAGUUUGGCUUCAAAGUUAAUCCAGUGAUUUUUUGGAUGUAAGGACUGAGACAAUGUAUCAUCACAUGAAAUCAGAAUUGCAGAAUUGUUAUGAGGUUUUCAACAACUUCCCUAGUCCCCCAAAGUCCUUUUCAUUUAGUUUAUCUUUGGGAAAAUUGAAGUUCAAACUUCUGUGAAACUGUUUUUAAGUCCAUUUCUUCUCUAGAUCAAGUGCUGCUAACAAGCAGAAUGUUCAGAUCCCAGGUGGGCCCUUUAGCAGGUUCAUAAAUUCUGUUGAAGAUAACCAAAGAUGAGUGACAUUUCUCAUAACAUAUGCAAACAUUAUUGAAGUUGUAACCCAUUGUUAGUGGCUCUCACAAAAACCCGUUUCUAAUGUCUCUUGUAUCUGGUCAUUUCAAUUUUUUCUAUCAAAAUUCAUUCAUGUUGUUGCAAUUGUAUUAUUUUCUCUAAAAUGUCUGUGACUUGCCUUAUUUUUGUUUUGCUUCUGGCAUCUAAGGGUUAAACUUCUAAUACCUGUCUAAGAAAUUUGAAAAAUAUUGUGUAAAUGUUGUAUUUUUGAAUCUUUAAUGUUGUUCAUGUCUUUGUGGUUACAAUGCCCUUUUGCUGGUUUAUGUGUGUUAGUCUGCAUGUUUGUAGAUACUGUGGUAAAUUCAAUGUGAGCUGUAUAGAAAACCAAAUAUGGAUCUUCUCUGCAUUGUACAUUGUAAAUUGUCGUUUCUCUUAUCUUUCCAAUGAUUUUUUAAAAAUAUGCUGUUUCUUUAAGAACGGUCUUUAAGAUUCAAGCCAGUGUGAAAAUAAUGUUGAGUGUCAGUCAUAGGAGAAUUCCACUUAUUUCACAGGUUCCUUUUCUCUUGUGUGUCCUGAAGAUACUUUGUCUCUGUCUUUUUUCUCAUUAGUGGUAGUACUCAUUUUCUUCAUACAUAGCUGUAGAAAAAGUAAUUCAAUGGCAUGCCAACACCAUCAGUCUAGCAAUAUCAGUAUGUCUAUCAGUAAGAACAUUCAUAAUUAAUUAUUCCCUAGAUUUUUUGUUUGUUUAGCAGAAGAUAUUGCAUUAUUGAAUGCAAUAAUGUUCUCCAAUUAGGAAGGUUUUCUUUUUCUUCUUUAAAUCAUGGAAUCUGAUGCUGUCAUUUUUAUUUACAUCAAUCAACUUACUAAUGGUGUACUUUUCAUGUAAAAUUUAAUCUUAAGAUUUGAUAAAUCUGUUCAAUCUACAAGUAGUAGCUGUUUGGGUUUUCCUUCAAAAAUGUCGAAUGGCACAGCAUGGGGAUUGGUUCUCUCAUUGAGUACUGAAUUACUUUUCUUGUGUCAUUUUGUCUUCCGUUAACACAAGCUGAUAAUUCACUGUACUAUUUUUAAAUUUAAAUUUGUGGGCUUUAUCUGGCAAUCUCCUUUGUAAACAAUGUGGUAUGGUUGUGAAUGCUGAAAAUAACAUCAGUGCAACUAUGUAAUAUAAUUAAUUCCACAUCAUAUUUGAUGUGAUUAUGAUAAAUCAGUCAUAUUUCAGUAAA